CUUCUCUUUGAGCAGCCAUGGGAACUAUAGCAGCAUCGCCGACGUCGCUGGCUUCUCCGGCGAACCAGCCACCACCAAGUCCGUUGAGGAAAAUCGCCGCCGUGGCCUCCAUCGCCGCCGGCAUCCAGUUCGGGUGGGCCCUCCAGCUGUCCCUCCUCACCCCAUACGUCCAGCUCCUCGGCAUCCCCCACAAAUGGGCCGCAAUCAUCUGGCUGUGCGGCCCGAUCUCGGGGAUCGUGGUCCAACCGCUGGUCGGGUACUUCAGCGACCGCCGAACCGGCCGGUUCGGCCGACGGACCCCGUUCAUCCUCGCCGGCACGGUCCUCGUCGUCGUCGCCGUCCUGCUCAUCGGCUUCGCGGCCGACAUCGGCCACCGGUACGGCGACCGGCUCGACCACGAGCAGCCGGGCCGGCCCAGGACCCGGGCCAUCGCGGUCUUCGUGGUCGGGUUCUGGGUCCUGGACGUCUCCAACAACAUGCUGCAGGGCCCCUGCCGGGCCCUGCUGGGCGACCUCUCGGGCGACAGCCAGCGGCUCACCCGGUUCGCCAACUCGCUCUUCUCCUGCUUCAUGGGAGCGGGGAACGUCCUGGGCUACCUCGCGGGAGCCCAGGACGGCCUCCACAAGUUCCCACUCUUCCGCUUCACCGCGACCCCUGCCUGCGACGUCUACUGCGCGAACCUCAAGUCUUGCUUCUUCAUCUCCGCCGCCCUCCUCAUCCUCCUCACCGUCGUCGCCGUCGCGUACGUCCGCGAGCAGCCGUGGGACCCCGACACCGCGACCGACCAAUCGGACGAGCUAAGUCCACCGACUAGAGCCAACAAGUCGUCGGGAAACAGCAGCGUGUUUACGGCGCUGCGAAAUCUGGACCGUCCGAUGUGGAUGCUCCUCCUGGUGACGUGUCUCAACUGGAUUGCGUGGUUCCCGUGGGUGCUAUACGACACCGAUUGGAUGGGGACGGAAGUGUACGGCGGGAGCUCGCAGGGGAAACCGGAUCGGGUCCGGCUCUACGACCGCGGGGUUCGGGCCGGUUCGUUGGGCCUGAUGAUCAAUUCGAUCGUCCUCCUCUUCGUCUCCCUCGCGAUUGAUCCUCUGGCGCGGAAAUUGGGGGUGAAAUUGCUGUGGGGGAUUGUCAAUUUCGUCCUAGGGAUUUGCUUCGUGAUGACGAUCGUGAUUACUAGAGUGGCGGAGAAAGAGCGGGAGAAGAGGAGCCACGGCGGCGGUGGUGCGGUGGUGGUGGAGCCGUCGGCGGGGAUUAAGAGCGCGGCGUUGGCGGUGUUCGGAGUUUUGGGGCUGCCGCUGGCGGUGACGUACAGCAUUCCGUUUGCGAUGGCGUCGAUCUACUCGCACGGAUCUGGGGCCGGGCAGGGGCUUUCGCUGGGGGUGGUGAAUCUGUCGAUCUGUUUGCCGCAGAUGGUGAUCUCGCUGGGGAGCGGGCCGUUCGACGCGGCGUUCGGCGGUGGGAACUUGCCGGCGUUCAUCGUCGGGACGGUGGCGGCUUUUGUCAGUGCGGUCGGCGCCGCUACUCUGCUGCCGAAGCCGAAGAAUUCGUCGUGAUAAUUAUUAAUUAAUUAAUAAUAAAAGUGUGCUUUUUUUAAUUCGAGUGUAUAAUUUUCUCAUUUUUUCUUCUUUGUAUUAUUGUGUUAGUUUGGAAUCCCGGUUUUAGUGGGAAAGGACUCAAAGGAGUUGUGAUAAUGUGUUUUGUAAUGUUUGGGGUUUUUUAUUAUCCUGCAAUGUUAAUUAGUGGACUCUUGCUUCCUUGAAGAGGCUAAAUUAGUUGUAUGAUAUUGGCAUUGUGACGAG